GGGUUUUUGCCCCUCCCCGUCCGUCAGCCAGGCACACCUUUCCUCUCUGGUCCUCCAGCGUUUCUUACCUUCUUGUCGCUUUUCUCAGCCUCGUUGUCUGGCGGUGAACUCUCACCCCAGCUGCUUGGGAAAUGUCAUACAGGCAGAGGCCCGUGCUGCAGUAGGGGGCGUAAUAGGAGGAAAAAAAAUAACAUUUUUUUCUGCUCUCACCGCAUCUUUUAUCCACGUCUCUGCCGUGCAUGUGCCACAUCCCGCUACCAGCAGCAGCCGCCGCAGAUAACUAAUCGCAGUCUCAAUGCUCAUUUCGCAUUAGGGCUGAUACAAAAAAAAAUAAUCCGUGCCAGACAUGUGAGUAGCAAACCAUCGCUGUCGUCCUGACUGCUAUAUGUGCUCACGCUAUUGUAUCCUCACACCAAUGAGAACAAAUGGUCAUUGAACCGUGUCGUUGUGCAUUUAGUGUCAGUGUCCUGGUUUCACAGUGGCUGAGCUGAAGUCUUUGCACAUUGACGGGGCAGAUGAAGCCUCGCUGUCUGCUUGUUUUGGGGGGCUCUGCGUCGGCUUGGCUAAUUGAGCAAAAGGCAGUGAUUUGUCUGCUGUAAAUAGCCCAGAUGGAGGGAAAGCCCAUUCAAUCACUGGGUUGUAUGACAUUGUGUGUAAUGUAGCCUAGCUCUUUUUUCUUUUCUUUUUUUACUUUGAUUUAAGGUAUCUGUGAAUUGGUGGUGUGGAGUCCAGACUGGCAUCUCCAGUCAGAUGUGGAGGCCCAGGGGGGAGAACAUGAUGCUUCUCUUGAAGAUGUCAGUCCAACAAACUAAAUGGCUAGUGACGACGAUGCCCAGUCGAAGAUCCUGGGAUUGAUACGUGAAUCCCUUUACACCGAUGGCCUGGACUGAGUUUCAGCUGGCCUGCUGAAGCUAUGGGGAGCUGUUGGAGCUGUCUGUACAGAGACCCCGUCCGAGACAACCAUCUUACUAAAUUUAAAGUCACCAAUGUGGACGAUGAAGGCAACGAGCUGGGCUCUGGGAUCAUGGAGCUCACCCAGACCGAGCUCAUUCUUCACACACGCAAGAGAGACGCCAUCCGGUGGCCGUAUCUCUGCCUGCGCCGCUACGGCUACGACUCCAACCUGUUUUCUUUUGAGAGCGGUCGUCGCUGUCAGACUGGGCAGGGAAUCUUUGCAUUCAAGUGUUCCCGGGCAGAAGAGAUCUUCAAUCUGCUUCAGGAGCUGAUGCAAUGUAACAGCAUCAACGUGGUGGAAGAGUCAAUGAUGAUGAGUCGCAGUGGUCACACACCAGAGAUGGAAAUGUCUCGCACACCACAGACUCCCAACACUCCAGCAUUCCCUGUCCAGGCUUUUCCCAAUGGAUACCCUGGUUAUCCAAUCAGAGGUGAUUCCUCCCAACCCUCUCUUGCUGAUGAUCAAGGACAUAGCCUCAUGGGUUUGGAAGACCAGACCCACACCUAUGUAAAUACUGUUAGUAUGGAGGGGGAUCUCUCUAUGCGUCACUGUGUGCACUCCCUGCCUGAGGUGCGGCCCAGCUCUUUCCCUGAAACAACACGGGGAGCCAUGCCUGUCGGGGGCCAAGGAAAUCCGCAGCCCAACCUGCGGUGCUGUCCCUUGGAGGAGCAUAACGAUCCUCAGGUGUUCUUAAAGCCGUCCUCACAGGAGGUCAAAUUCAUGCUGGGCCCCACUCCGGCACAACGCCAUCUGCUGGAGAGAGAGAGGGAGAGAGAGAGGGAGAGGCAUGCGCACAAUCCUCACAGCCUUCAGCCAGUAGAGGGUGCAACAGGCUCAGAGACGGAGGGAGACGAGCCCUCCAUGCAUCUGUGCAACUCUCACUCCUAUCAUCAUUUCCAUCACCACACGCACCGGCAUCCGGGCCUCGAGCAUCCGGACAGCUGCCAGAGUGGCGAACUCACCUAUGAGAACAUCAACGGGCUGAGGAGCGGCCGGAAGCAGCGGCUGAGCCCCAGCAGUGUGUCGCAGUCUGUGGGUUCAAGCAGCAGCAGCAGCACUGGGGACAGUCACACCCACUCCCUCAUGCACCCACACGCCCUCGGCCCGUCGUCUCUACCCCUGCAGGGCUACGCCUGCGAGAGGGGCAUGGGUGGAGGUCAUCGUCGGACAGCUCUGCUUAACUACGAGAACCUGCCCUCUCUGCCGCCGGUGUGGGAGUACAGAGCUCUGCAGCGGGAUGACGAACAGGAAGAGGAAGACGAUGAGCAGGAUGAGGAGGAAUAUGAGGAAGAAGAGGAAGACUUUGAUGAGUACGAGUUCUCAGAAGGCCCUGGGACACCCAACGGGUACCACCAGGAUGGUCGGGGCAUCCACAGAGAUGCCUUGCAGAACUAUGUCAACACAGAGCAGGUCCAGCCGCCCCGGCUCCGACACGCCUGCCCUCCGCAUCCACGGCCGUGUCAGCCAGACAGAGGGGGGCGAAUAUUUAGCUUUGAUUUCCGCAGACGAUCAAGGUCAGGGGUUGGAGGCUGUGAGCACGGCCACAUGCCUCCAUCGCGGCAGCUGAAUUACAUCCAGGUGGACCUAGAGGGAGAACCUCCCUGCCAAGCCAUCAGCAGCGGGGGUGCCCAGACCCAGCCACAGCACCAGCGCCUACCACCCAAAAAAUGUGGCCCACAGGCAUCCCGGCGUAGUGAAUGCUACGCAGUCAUUGACCUAAAGAAGACCGCUGCCAUGUCCAACCUGCAGAAAGCUCUGCCCAGGGAUGAUGGGACUUCCAGAAAGACUCGCCACAACAGCACAGACCUGCCUCUGUAAACGGUGUUCAAACUGAAGAGGAACAAUGAAGACAGAUGAGCACACUGGACCCUUCACUGUCAUCCAUCCAUUCAACUGUCGGGCUGACUAAUACAGUACAGGUACCUAAUCUGUGCAUAUAAAAGGAUAUGAGAAACAUCUGAGGAGAAUUUGCCAUUUUAUUCUGUGUUAUUUAUUAGAUAUGUGGUGUGAAGCUCUCUCAAGAAAUUGGCAGUUUUUGCUGCAAAUACUGUUGGAUAUAUGGAUAUUUAUAUAUAAGCAUAAAAUCAUAUAUACAGUAGAUAUAUAUGACUUUAUGCUUAGCUAUGACUUGGAGCAGAGACCUCUGUUUUCAGUGGAAUCAGUCAUUGCCAUACGGUAUUAGCAAAUUUUUAUUCAUAAACCCAUCUUCACUUAGACAUUUCUUAUAGUUUCUAUCAUUUAGUUAAUCUACAUCCAUGUGUUUUUUCUUUUUUUGUUUUUUUACUACUACUUAAAUGCUAUGAGAGUCAAAUAUUAGACCCUUGUUACAGAAGAAGUUGAGUAGCUGAAGGGGCAUGAAGGAAGGUCAAUGGUUCCUGCAAGAUACUGGCCAAUAUUCAUACGUCAUCAUAAGCAUCUUAGUGUAAUAGUGGCUAGUAGAAUAGAUCAUUAUUUGUUACUAUAUGCCUAUAGAGCAUUUUGCACACAAUCCUAUGGAAUUGUAUUUUAUCAUACUUUAGGGAAUGGUUUCGUCCAGUCCAAGAAAAAUGGAAUUAGAUGAACAGAAAAGAUGGUGAUAUUUGCAGAAUUAUACUAAACUGAAUGAUGGUAAAAGUAGCACACAUGGAUUAAAUGAGCUUUGGCUCCCUCCUAUCCACAUGCAGCAAAUAAAAAAGUAGCAUAUCAUUUCAGAUCACACCUCCUGCACAUCGUCCCAGACCUGCAGGAGGUCCAUGCAGUUUACGCGGUUUACGCUUGUCACGUUGCACUUUUGACUUUUUGGGCCACUGAAAUGCUCUUUGUCUCUACUCCCACUCCACUGGAGCCACAGGUUCGACUGUGUCCUUUUUACCAAAAGCAGGGGGCCAAAUAUUUCAUUGAGAUUUUUAGUCAGCAUCGUAGAUAGGAUUUACUUACAUGUUUUGAUGGUGACAUCAACAACCUCAAAUAGUGGCAUUAAGCUAUAACCUCACAUAAAAAGUGCUGAAUCUUUAAUUUGUCAGUUAUCUGGUGUGAAUGGUCUGUUUUUAAAGGGUCACAAAGUGAAGAUUUUUGUAUGGCUAUUUAUCAACUGUAGUCAGAUAUUUAUUUAUUUAUUUAUUCUUUUAUUUUUAAUUGUAAUCAUUUUGUGUUUCCAUGUGAUGACCAGCUUUUUGUAAUCCAGUUGGUAAUAUGGAGAUGAAGGUUUCACAUCAAAUUAUCACUGGACACUGGUGUAUUACUGUUAUAACUGUGCUUAAUUAUAUUUAAAAAAAAAAAAUUGAAAGACUGUAUUUAUAUUUUAAGUGCCAAAACUUAUUUGCAAACUGUAUGAUGAAUAAAAUCAAACGUGCCAUUAGGAUUUGUAGAACACAAUAUGACAUAAAGGCAUUAGGUAAUAAUGGUCGGUAGACAACCUUAAAAAAAAGAAGAAGAAAAAGUAAUCAACUUUUAAAGGAUAAAUUAAAACAACAAAAACUGCACAUUCCACCUCAUCCACAUCGACAGCCAUUUUGGAGUGAGAUAUAAGAAAGGUAAUCUUGUAGUCUGAUAAUCACAGCCAGGGUGGUUUUAUGCUGCUACAUGUAAAUACUAAGGUACUUGUCAAAAUGAAAAUGUAUGUGUUUGAACCUAUGCGAUGUCAGAUCUUUUACCAUAUUGUUAAUUGCUAAUAGAAGUACCAUUGUUUUGUUCUUCUGAAAUUAUGUCUGAGCAGUAGAAAUAUAUAACGUACCAUUUAAGAGAGUGUUUAAUUUGGCCAAUAUUUCAUUUCAUCCACUGUUUUCUCGACAAACUGUCUGGUAGGAGAGGUAACAGAAGCACAGGCCCAUGGAUGCUGUCAUCUUUUUGUUAAGCACUCAUAUCGACGUAAUAUUUUCAGCUGAUGGAUGAAGGCCAAAUGUUCUAGAUUUACAGAUUGUGGCAUUUAGCUGUAGUUUUUUUUUUUUAACGGAGCAUUCAAUCUGGAGAUCAAUAUAGGACGCAAAUACAAAUUCUUAACUUCUACUAAGGAGGAUUUUUUGGCUUCUGUGUGACAUGAGGUGCAAAUCAAAGAUGAUUUCUUCAAAUUAAUUUGUGCAAAAAAAAAAAAAAAAAAACGCUUCAAGUUUGUGAUGGUUGCUUGUGUUGGGUGCUAUGUAGAUAUUUAUUUUACAUUACAUAUAUUUUAUUUACAUAUUUCAUUUUGAAUUAUAUAAAACUGUGAAAUGCUGUCAGAGGAAAGCUAGAUACAGUUCAAACUUGCAAAAUCCACUACUGUUACUAUAAAUUUGUUAUUCUUUAGGUAUGAUAUAUUUUUCAUUUUAUGAUUUUCAAUUCUUUUUUUAAUGAAACCAAAACUGGUCAGUCAAUAAAACGUCAGAAAGUGCACACCAAUUUCCUACAGCCCAUGGGGCCAUCUCGUUUUGUCUAAAAUUCAAAGAUAUAAAAUUUCCAAUUGUAUAAAACAUUUUUACUUUAAAAAGUUACUUUUACAAGCAACCAUUUAUCAAAAUUGUAGAUGAAUCAAUUCUUCCCAGACUCAAAUAAUCAAUUUAUAAUGUGGUCUUUUUAGAUAUGUGAUAAAAGGUAUCUGCAAUUCACUACUUUUAUUGAUGUGUUUGUAGGACAGCAUCUAACGAUUAAUGUUUGGUCUAUAGAAGGCCCCUCACAAUUUUCCUGAUCUCAAGGCCAUAUCUUCAAAUUGUCUUGUUUUGUCUGACCAGCAAUCCAAAACCUCAAAGUAUUCCAUUUACACUGAUGUUAAAAAGCAAGAAAAGCCUUGCAAAUGCAAAUUAGUUACUCCGUAAGUGAGAGAUAAACGAAUCCUUUCAGUGCUACUUGUUUGAUGGUAACAAUAAUGUAAAAGUUUUUGUUUCCCAACGCAGAAGCUUUAAACCACUCCAAAAUCAAAAGUUAAUAGUUUGUAUUUUUGUUUGAUCGUCAUACUUUAAUAUGACAUUUAAAAAGAGAAAGUCUCUUCUAUAACAAGAAGGCCGACUUUUAGCAGACAUUUUUGACUGUAUUUGCAAAGAUAUUGUCAUGAUACAAUGGAAGGAUGUUUACAUUUUUGCAAUAAUAGGUGAAUUAUUGUUUUGUCGACCUAAAUCAGACUAAUGUGUGAAGUGUGAAAUUGAAAUAGUCUAUAGAGCUGUGGGCUUAAUGUAUUUAAUCGCCUGUUCUUCUGUGAAUCAGCAGUCUUAUUUUUAAUUCAGGUACGAUGUUUACUUUUCAGUCGUCAUAGUACAAUUUCAGUUAUGAAAGUACAAAAGAAAUGUUCUUGAUUGUCAGACACUGUGUUUUCUUAAACUCACAUUAAAGGUGCCAUACAGUGGGUGACCAUUGCCAGUACUUAAAUUAAAUUUUAUUUUCAAUUUUCAAACCUGUGGUGAUGUUUCGUACAGGAAUCAGAAAGAGUUUCAUCUAAUUUCUCAGAAUAUAGUUACAUGUGGUUUUAUGGUCAUUUAAAAAAAAAAAAAAAUCCAUGUUGAAAUGUGUUACCAAUCUUUGUUAUAACGCAGUAACCUCACCACCACCAAUAGCAGUUAACAGGUAUUACGGCAUCAUUACCACAUACUCCUGUGUUUACUGAUUAAUAAUUAAAAUAAAUAGAUGUGGUAAUUGUU